AUGAGAGGACCGGUUUACGAAAAUCUCGAUUACUUCGCCGAUUUACUAGAGAAAACGAUACAAUGCAACUUGGAUCCAGUGACUGAGCUGUAUUUUUCGAACACUGGAACAGGCGAAAAACAUGCGUGGAUUCGAGACAAUCUCUGGGCAGUUCAGUCUGUCUGGGCGCUGGCCCUGUCUUUUCGAAAAUAUGGUGACACUGACGACGCUCGGGCUAAGUUUCAAAUGUUCGCUGGCUCUGCUACCAAAACUAUGAGAUCACUGCUGAUGUGCAUGAUGCGCCAGAGUUCGAAAAUUGAGAGCUUCAAGAAAACGAAGGCCACUGGAGACGCGAUCCAUGCGAAAUUCAAUGUGAGAACUUUGUCCACUGUUGUUGGCGAUCAUGACUGGGGACACUUACAGCUCGAUGCUACUGGUUUGUUUGUUCUGCAACUUGCACAGAUGACCGCGUCUGGUCUGCAGAUCAUUCUUUCACUAGAAGAAGUCGAUUUCAUUCAAAAUCUCGUGUUCUACAUCGAGAGCGCUUACAAAACCGUCGAUUACGGAAUCUGGGAGCGUGGUGACAAGACAAACCAUGGAGUGCCAGAACUCAACGCCAGUUCGAUCGGGAUGUGCCUCGCUGCUCUCGAAGCGAUAGACGGGCUUGACCUGUUCCAAUGCCAAGGCGGCUAUAGGAGCAUCAUUCACGUUUCCCCUGAUGAAAAGGCCAGGUGCCAGGAUGUGUUGGAGUCACUCUUACCGCGAGAAUCAAAGUCAAAGGAAGUUGGUGCUGCGCUCUUGCCGGUCGUCCUAUAUCCUGCCUUUGCGGUAUCUAACUCUGAUAUUGUCACAAAGACGUUGGCAAUUAUCGAUGAAAAACUUCAAGGGGAAUUCGGAUACAUCCGAUUUCAAAGAGACGGCUAUCUGACCCCGAUAGAAGAUCGACAUCGUCUUCAUUACGAUCCUCUGGAAUUGGAGCAGUUUGAAAAGAUUGAGUGUCAAUGGCCGUUAUUUUUAUGCAUGCGACUUGUCUCCAAAUGUUUUCAGCGAGGAGCGGCAAAGCCUCAAGUGAACUCAGUUGCCAUGGAGAGAAAAGCUCCUGGAUCUGCUAAGCGAGAUAACGUUGGCUUUCUUCCGCAUAUUUGGGGACAAUCGUUGUAUAUUCUGUCGCGCCUUUUGGUGGAGGACUUUGUCAGUCCGGGCGAGCUCGAUCCGCUCAACAGAAGAAUGGCCAUGCAGAAAAGACCGGAAGUUAUUGUUCAGGUGUCAUUCUUGGCACUCGACGAUCUCACGCAGGAUACUUUCAACGAGCAUGGACACCACUUUCAGCGAGCUGAGGACAUUACAAAGGUUCGUGUACAUCCGGUGACUGUUCUCUCCGAUUUGUACAAGAAUCUUGGAAAGUCGGAUAUGCUUUGUUUGAGCGGCAGACCCAAAGGACGAAUUGGCAUUCUAAGCACUUCGAAGUUCUACGAACUGGGAGACGGAACGAUGACCUUCUUCUACCCGGAAUUUUCAAACAUUGAUCAGAAUUGGAUCGCAGCUGAUGUCAACAUCUUCAUUGAGGAGGUUCAAACAGAGCUGAACUACAUUCAAUCGCACUGGAAUCACCCUGGACGCCCUACAAUUGUCAUUCCGCUGAGCACCGAGCUUAUUUGGAAUACAUCAGAUUCUUGUGUACAUAGCGAAAUAAUUAAUCUCGUCCGAAAAAUUACUUCUGGAUACAUCGCAGGAGUACGAGUCAAGUCAGCGAAGCUCGAAGAAUUUCUCCCGACUUCAAAUGUUUCCAAGCUUCAAUUCGCAGAUGUAAAAGACGGAAUUUCUCCAAAAUCGAGCGCAUCAAAGACUCUUUCAUUGCCAAAACUACCAAUAACUCCAAUGCGAUCGCCCAAAGACUUUCAUAAAGCGAGAGUCAUAAACAUGAACCUUGACCUAACAGAUAUGACGCUCGUGCCGAAAAUCAACCGUCGAAGAUCGGAAAGCCACAGCUUCACUUCCACUCGAUCAGGCCGGGAUGAUUCGUAUACAAUUCUCACCGCCAAGUGUCUCGUCGAUCAAGCUGGCGUUCUCCUUGAAAUUUCCGAAGCAACCGACGAAAACUAUCGCGUUCAAAUACCCUCUGUUGGUCCUGUCCAAAUCACUCCACUCCUAGAAGAAGUCUUCGACCGAGCAUGUCGCGAGCAACAAUGGUUAUUAGCGCGCGAACUUGCUGGUUAUUUGAACAAGCCACUUCCAGGGCUAGAUCAAGCGGUUACAGACAUCCUUGUGCGCCAAAAAAGCAUCACCGUUGGUCUGCCGCCGGACAGUCGCGAAACGACAAUCGACAAGCCACUUCAGUCGGGUGAGAUCGAAGCUAUGAUACUCGAGGCGUGUGGCGAUGGCGACGUCGCUAUCCUGCAACAGGAAGUUAUUCUGUGUUCGGGUUCUAAGUUUUGA